AUGACUAAGUGGAAAACCUGGAACCUCAGGCCACAAACUAGCACAGCAAAGCUUCUUGCCGAGCCAAGUGGAAAGAUUUCAUCAAACCACUCAAUCGAACGUCAAACCUCCAAACUCCUCCCCAUGGCGUCACGCAGGCUAGCUUUGAACCUCUCGCAGGGUCUGCGAACCCGUGCUGGUCUGUCGGCCGCCGGUCCCCUCCGUCGAGGCUUCGCGACGCCUUCCAACGUCGGCAAGACCCAGACGACAACCCUGAAGAAUGGACUGACCGUCGCUACCGAGCACUCCCCAUGGGCCCAGACCUCCACGGUCGGCAUGUGGAUUGACGCUGGCUCUCGCGCCGAGACGAACGAGAACAACGGCACCGCGCACUUCCUCGAGCACCUUGCCUUCAAGGGUACCGCCCGCCGCUCUCAGCAACAAUUAGAGCUUGAGAUUGAGAACCUCGGUGCUCACCUCAACGCGUACACUUCGCGUGAAAACACCGUCUACUUCGCCAAGGCCUUCAACUCUGAUGUUCCCCAGUGCGUCGACAUCCUCUCCGAUAUUCUCCAGAACUCCAAGCUCGAGCAAUCCGCCAUCGAGCGCGAGCGCGACGUCAUCCUCCGCGAGUCCGAGGAGGUCGAGAAGCAGAUCGAGGAGGUUGUCUUUGACCACCUGCACGCUACUGCUUUCCAGGGCCAGCCUCUCGGCCGCACCAUCCUCGGUCCCCGCGAGAACAUCCGCGACAUCACCCGCACCGAACUCACCAACUACAUCAAGAACAACUACACUGCCGAGCGCAUGGUCCUUCACUUCUCUGGUCUCCCCAGCAAGGGCGCCGAGAACGAGGCUUACAUUCUGUCCAAGAAGAAGGCCGACUUCAUCGGCUCUGACGUCCGUGUCCGUGAUGACACUAUCGGCACUGCCAACAUCGCUCUUGCCGUCGAGGGUGUUAGCUGGAACUCUGAGGACUACUUCACUGCUCUUGUCACGCAGGCUAUCGUCGGCAACUAUGACAAGGCUAUGGGCAACGCCCCUCACCAGGGCAGCAAGCUCAGCGGCUUCGUCCACCGCCACGAUCUCGCCAACAGCUUCAUGAGCUUCUCCACCAGCUACAGCGACACUGGUCUCUGGGGUAUCUACCUCGUAACCGACAAGACGACCCGCGUGGAUGACCUUGUCCACUUCACUAUCAAGGAGUGGAUGCGUCUCUGCACCAACGUCAGCGGUGCCGAGGUUGAGCGUGCCAAGGCCCAGCUCAAGGCUUCCAUCCUCCUCUCCCUCGACGGUACCACUGCCGUUGCUGAGGACGUCGGCCGUCAACUCAUCACUACCGGUCGCCGCAUGAGCCCCGGCGAGAUCGAGCGCAGAAUUGAUUCCAUUACCGACAAGGACGUCAUGGACUUUGCCAACAAGCACCUGUGGGAUAAGGACCUUGCCAUCAGCGCCGUCGGCAACAUUGAGGCUCUUUUCGAUUACCAGCGUCUGCGAAACACGAUGAAGCCUUUCCACUAA